CCGUGGCUGCGCGUGCCUUUCCCCACCGCCAGCCCUGCGCUGCGGAGACCCAGCCCCGCUGCCAGCGGAGAUCCCGCCCCGGUGCUGUCUGGCUCGUCGCAGGGGCCAAGCUGGUGGCGCUGUCCCAGCGCGAUGCGCUGAGGACGCACAGGGCCAGGCUGCCGGCUCCUUGUCUGUGCCCAGAGCAGACCCCAUGGAACCCGUGGGUACCGGGAGGAGCCUACGGGCGUCGCUUCCUCGGCUGAUGUCGCUGCUGCUGCUGCUGCUCCUGCAGGUGGCGGGGCCGGCAGGCACCCUGGCGGAGACUCUGCUGGACGCGCCAAGGGCCGGGGGCACCAGCUCCAACCCACCCAGCCCCGCAAGCGUGGUGGCCCCGGGAACUACGCCGUUCGAGGAAAGUCGGCUGCCUGUCUUUACCCUGGACUACCCUCACGUGCAAAUCCCCUUUGAGAUCACGCUGUGGAUCCUCCUGGCUUCUCUGGCCAAGAUUGGCUUUCAUCUCUACCACAAGUUGCCCACAAUCGUGCCUGAGAGCUGCCUUCUUAUAAUGGUUGGACUCCUACUGGGUGGGAUUAUUUUUGGUGUUGAUGAAAAAUCUCCCCCGGCAAUGAAGACUGAUGUGUUUUUCUUAUACCUUCUGCCACCCAUCGUGCUUGAUGCUGGCUAUUUCAUGCCCACUCGCCCCUUCUUUGAGAACAUUGGCACUAUUUUCUGGUAUGCGGUGGUAGGGACCCUUUGGAAUUCCAUUGGCAUUGGGGUGUCUUUGUUUGGCAUCUGCCAGAUUGAAGCGUUUGGCCUCAGUGACAUCACUCUGCUCCAGAACCUACUUUUUGGCAGCUUGAUCUCAGCCGUGGAUCCCGUGGCUGUCCUUGCUGUCUUUGAGAACAUCCAUGUCAACGAACAGCUCUAUAUCCUGGUCUUUGGCGAGUCUCUGCUGAAUGAUGCAGUCACAGUGGUCCUGUACAACCUUUUCAAGUCAUUUUGCCAGAUGAAAACCAUUGAGACCAUUGACGUGUUUGCAGGAAUUGCUAACUUCUUUGUGGUAGGAAUUGGUGGAGUGCUCAUCGGCAUCUUCCUGGGAUUUAUAGCAGCAUUUACCACUCGAUUCACUCAUAAUAUCAGAGUUAUCGAACCACUCUUUGUCUUCCUGUACAGCUACUUAUCCUACAUAACAGCUGAGAUGUUUCAUCUGUCAGGCAUCAUGGCAAUCACAGCUUGUGCCAUGACUAUGAAUAAAUAUGUGGAAGAAAAUGUAUCUCAGAAGUCCUACACAACCAUCAAGUACUUCAUGAAGAUGCUGAGCAGUGUCAGUGAGACCUUGAUCUUCAUCUUCAUGGGUGUGUCCACUGUGGGGAAGAACCAUGAAUGGAACUGGGCCUUUGUCUGUUUCACUUUGGCUUUCUGUCUCAUCUGGAGAGCACUGGGUGUCUUUGUCCUGACUCAGGUUAUUAACUGGUUCCGGACCAUUCCCUUGACCUUCAAAGACCAGUUCAUCAUUGCCUAUGGAGGACUCCGGGGUGCCAUCUGUUUCUCCCUAGUGUUUCUCCUUCCUGCCACUGUGUUUCCUCGGAAGAAGCUGUUCAUUACGGCUGCCAUUGUUGUCAUAUUCUUCACUGUCUUCAUCCUGGAAUCUUCUGGCAUCUGCCAUGAGAAUAUGCAACAGGAAGAGAGUAAUUCAGUGCCUCAUUUCAUGCAAAGAUUCCAUGAGAGAGGACCAACUAUUGGACCAGGGUUUAAGAAGUUUGAUGACAGAUAUCUUCGGAAGCUUUUGAUUCGGGAAAACCAACCUAAGUCCAGCAUUGUGUCCUUGUAUAAGAAGCUUGAAAUAAAACACGCCAUCGAGAUGGCAGAGACAGGGAUGAUAAGUACUGUCCCUUCUUUUGCAUCUCUAAAUGAUUGCCGGGAAGAAAAAAUAAGAAAGCUCACACCUGGUGAAAUGGAUGAAAUUCGAGAAAUCUUAUCAAGGAAUCUAUAUCAAAUCCGCCAGCGGACUUUGUCAUACAACAGACACAAUCUGACCACUGAUACAAGUGAGCGGCAAGCCAAGGAGAUUCUGAUCCGUCGCCGGCACAGCUUGAGAGAAAGCAUCAGGAAAGAGAACAGCUUGAAUCGCGAUCGCAGGGCUUCUACUUCAACCUCCCGAUAUUUAUCUUUACCCAAAAACACAAAGCUUCCAGAAAAGCUACAAAAGAAAAAGAUUAUUUCCAAUGCAGAUGGAAACAGCAGUGACUCAGACCCAGACUCCGGGACCACUGUGCUCAAUUUACAACCUCGGGGCAGGCGCUUUUUGCCAGAACAGUUCUCCAAGAAAGCUCCCCAGUCCUAUAAAAUGGAAUGGAAGAAUGAGGUGGACGUGGGUUCUGGCCGAGGGCAGCCCAGCAUCCCCCCAGCACCCCAUAGCAAAGAAGGGGGCACGCAGACGCCGGGGGUCCUGCGGGAGCCCCUUCUCUCCAAAGACCGGUUUGGUCGGGGGAGGGAAGAUAGUUUGACUGAAGAUGUCCCACCCAAGCCCCCACCCAGGCUGGUCCGGAGGGCAUCAGAGCCUGGAAACAGGAAAGGCCGAUUUGGGGGUGAGAAGCCUUAAUGGAAAAGCCCAAAAGCAGACUCGGGCUGACUGACACAGCAGCCACUUUGGUCGGGCACCUUAGAACCUGAUGUCACGGUGAACUUCACUUAAAACCCUAUCUAAAUACUUUCAUUGGGGGAAGUAAAGCCAAGCCAUUGAAUCACGGGAUAAAUGUGGAUCCCACGAAGAGGAAAAUCAAAAAGGAAAUCCUACAAACAUGUCUUGUGUCUCUCUUUCCUAGCAAUUGUAUUCUUUGCAGGCUUGAAGAAAAAAAAAUAAGUGUGCCUUUAAUGAACUUGAAUGACAGAACUUGAAAUUUUUAAAGACAACUUUGUUGGUGAAAAUUUUAAUAUAUUACCUUGAUGCCUCAAAUUUUAUUUAUGAAAAAAAUUGUGUAUCUCUUUACUGUUCAGUUUUUAAGUGGAUGGGAUUAAGAGUUCUGAGAACAUCUUUCCAAAGGGUGAUGCUCAAGUUCUAACAUGUAGAUCCUAAACUAAGGGUUGGGUUCUUUGUCCUGACUGGAUUGACCAGUUGGUAAAGGGAAAACAACUUCAAAUAGAGUGAUCCUCUUACACAUAGUAGGAACCCAGUAAGAAUGGCCACAAGCAGAGGAACAGGACUGACCACAGAACAUAGACUAGAAGUGCCUUUAUGAAAUAACAGGUGAGUUGAUUAUUUGAUCCUUAAUUUGAGGGUGACAGAUAAGCCCCAUUUCCCCUUCUUUAUAGAUAGUGCAAACAAAAAGGCUGUCCAUGGCUGCUUUUUCAAGUCCCACCCAUGAGGCCUUUGUGGCCAAUGAGGAGAGAGGCCAGCACCUGCUUCUACUUUGGAGAUUUUCUACGGUGCAAUGCUGAGAGAAAGGGGCAGGCCAUGCCCAUCUAUGGCCACCUGCUUUAAUAGAAUUCUUUAUCUGUAAAACAUUCUAGAACUUUUUUGUCCAAGGCAGAGGUCCCAAAAGCAGACCCACAAUAGUUUAUAUAAACAGUAUUAAAAAUAAAGUUGGUGAGAUUUCAGCCUUGGACUUUUGCUCAGGAAGCACUUUGGAUAGUGGGAGUACUGUAUUUUGCACUAAUCAGUAAUGUAGUGAUUCAAAUUCACCUUCUAAAAUCAGGUUCUACUUAUGGGAUUACCUCUCAGCAGUAUAGCAGAAAGAAAAGAAGUGGGACAUAAUUAUUAAAGAUUCAUAUUUAAAUCUGUCUCUUAAAUUGUAGAUUUUAUUGACUUUUUUUCUGAAUAUUCCCUCUUUAAAAAUUGAUGGAACAAGAUUCUGUAUUUUUGGAUUUAGAGUUAGUGGUUCACUGCUUUCAGCUUGGAAACGUUUCGCCAUCAGCAAAGAUUGAAAGUGGUAUUGCUGAGGAAAACACAUAUAAAUUAGGCAAAAGACAGUCCUCAGCCAGUCCACCAGCACAUCCGCCAGUCCCAUCAAUCUCCUUUCUUUUUCUAAUAUUCUAGUGUCUUGGAAUACUUCCCCACAGCCUUGUUAAGGAAGAAUGGACAAGAUACAAGUUCAUACAGAUAGUUUAUUUCCUGGCAAUCCUUGAUGGAUGGAAAGUAGUGUACAACACAAUUGGAAAACUACAAGCUCUGUGCCAAAAACUUCAAUUUAAAUGAAAACAUUAUAUAUAUAUGCAUAUACAUAUAUAAAAUAAAAUUGAUGUAGACAUUUAUCAUAGAAAUAUAAUUCAUCCAACAGAUGUGAUCUGAAGGUUGAAGAAUGUCAUUAGGAUGUAUUUAUUUAUGGCACCUGAAAAGGAAGUCUAAUUAAUUUAAAAAUAAAUCUCUUGGGUUUCUAUAUUAAUAAAUCUUGGGCCUGAAGGAGAAAACCAGGAAAUUUUAGUAGAAUUUCUUGCUAAGCAGGUUACAACAAAUUGUACUUUCCCUUAAGUGAAAAGUCACAUAGAAAAUUUGAAGAGUGUAUAAAUUUCUGGAAAGGAAAACCUAAGUCAACUUAUUAUCAACCCUAAGUUUUCUUACUUUUUUGGAAGCAACAGUAAUAAAAAUAAAUUUGAAUUUAUCCUCUU